CCAGUUACAACAACCUGACUCAACCUUUUUAUUUUUAUUUUUAUUAUUAUUUUUUUAGAGGGUGACCAUUGCCCCCCAGAAGAUGGCGCCCUAGACGCCUAUAUGGCCUAUGCCUUAAGCCGGCCUUGAGCUGACUAAAGAAAGAGACCAGUUGGAAGAAAGCCCUGAAAUGAAGACAGAACUUUUCUUCAGAAGUAAAGAAAUCUCUGAAGAAACUGAACCUGUGAUUUAUCGCUUCAUGUCUAGCUGGGAGCUGAACUGACUUAACUUUUUUAAGGAGCAGCUGAAGGAGUGUGUGUACUAUGUUCAAGUCAUUUCUGCUAUGUUGCCUUUGACUGACUCCCGCAUACUUCAUGUGAAUGUGUUCAUAACUUAUUGUAGAGUUUUGGGUGAAACAAUAAUUAGCUUAGCAAUAUUAGCUGUAUUUAAUUCCUCCAUCAGAGAUUGGUGGUCUCACACCAACAACUAUUUGACAGGAAACUGUCUUGAUUGUGCAAGACUAACGGCAAAAUGAAGAAGUGUGAGAGAUAAUAAGUUGCAGAAAGAGUUCUGCUGUCGCAUUCAGAUUGUCAGAACCAGAGAAGAAGAAGCAGCUUACAGAUCAGUGCAGCUGGUUGUCAUAAUUUGCUGGUCAAGUAUUUUGAGGUUUGUCUUUAAAGAGGAGGCUGAGAUGACGCCGGACGCUUCAUCCAAGAAGGAAAAACUCUUCGGACUGGUUGUUGUGAGCUUCGGACUCCUGUGUGUCCUACAAGCUACUGUCAACAUUUCCCUGCGUCUCACUCUCUACAGUUCUUGUGCGAAGACGCCAGAUUUUGAGGCCAUUAUCAAAAACCUGACUGAAGAGAGAGAAGAUUUGAAGAGGAUGCUGAGCACCUGGUCUAAUAACUGCCAACCACGAUGGGUGUAUUUCAAGCACAGUUGCUAUUACUUUUCUUCCAUUGUCAAGUCCUGGCAAGAGAGUAGAGAUUACUGUCAGCAAAGAGGUGCAGACCUGAUGAUCAUCAACAGCAAAGAGGAGCAGGAAUUUGGAAGUCAAUACAAGCGGAACACAUGGAUCGGACUGACUGACAGUGAGACAGAGGGGAUAUGGAAAUGGGUGGAUGGGACUGCAGUGAACACAAGCUACUGGUACCCUGGGCAGCCCUACAACAAAAACAAUGAUGAAGACUGUGGAGUAAUAAAGGGCCUUGAAAAAGAAAACAACUGGAAUGAUUUGCCAUGUAACAUCCAAAGGUACUGGAUCUGUGAAAAGGUGGGGCCUCCAUGUGUGAGAGAUAAUAAGUUGCGGAAAGAGUUCUGCUAUCACAUUCAGAUUGUCAGAACCACAGAAGAAGAAGCACCUUACAGAUCAGAGCAGCUGGUUGUCAUAAUUUGCUGGUCAAGUAUUUUGAGGUUUGUCUUUAAAGAGGAGGCUGAGAUGACGCCGGACGCUUCAUCCAAGAAGGAAAAACUCUUCGGACUGGUUGUUGUGAGCUUUGGACUCCUGUGUGUCCUACAAGCUGCUGUCAACAUUUCCCUGCGUCUCGCUCUCUACAGUUCUGGUGCGAAGAUGCCAGAUUUUGAGGCCAUUAUCAAAAACCUGACUGAAGAGGGAGAAGAUUUGAAGAGGAAGCUGAGCUCCUUUGCUAAUAACUCCCAACUAGGAUGGGUGUACUUCAACCACAGUUUCUAUUACUUUUCUUCCAAUGUCAAGUCCUGGCAAGAGAGUAGAGAGUACUGUCAGCAAAGAGGUGCAGACCUGAUGAUCAUCAACAGCAAAGAGGAGCAGGAAUUUGGAAGUCAAUUCGAUCGUGACACAUGGAUCGGACUGACUGACAAUGAGACAGAGGGGGUUUGGAAAUGGGUGGAUGGGACUGCACUGGGCACAAGGUUCAUUAAUUAUGUUUUUGUUUAAAUUAUUUAUUAAUAAUGUAGUAUUGCUAUAUAAGAGCAAUAUGACUGAAUACAACUAUAGUCUCCUUCAUAAACCCCCCACCCAGCAAUGGCAGCACUCUUUGAUUUUUAUAUGUUAUGUAUUGUCGAGGUGGAAAUUA